CACAGGUUGUGCAAAAACGUCACAAUGUGGGCAACAUGAAGCCAAAAAUGACUAAACACAAGAAAGCCUUCAAAGGUAGAGUAUCGAGUAAGCCUAUCCAGUCCGAUGUCGACUUCGGGGAGUAUGGCCUGCGCGCUUUAGAGCCAUCCCGAAUCACAGCCGCUCAAAUAUACGCGUGUAAAGAGGUCAUGCUCAGACGAUUAAGGCCGCUGAGAGGCCAACUGUGGACCAGGAUAUUUCCCGACAUCCCAGUGUCCGAGAAACCAGCCGAAGUCCGUAUGGGUAAAGGAAAGGGUUCCGUCGAAUAUUGGUGUGCCCGCGUGAGACCCAACACAAUCAUAUUCGAAGUAGGAGGUAUCCCCGUUGAAGCCGCGCAGGAUGCACUACAGCAAGCGUCGUUCAAAUUGGGCAUCAAAACCAAAUUCGAGAUCAAGAAAGAAGUGGAUUACAAGACCCUUCUCGCGCGGCCAAUGCCUUCGCUCUUGGUGGAUGUACCGUCGAAGAUCAAUAUAGAAUCAUAAGGAUACUCUGUAGUAGAGGUUGUCACGCUGUGUGAUUUCAACAUGUAUUUGCGUGAACCACACCGAGUCGAUUAAAUUAGUUGUACGCUGUCCAGCAAAAUGAAGCAGAAUUAACUUCUCUUCGCUGUAUUACGGACAUAAAUUUCUUUUCUUCGGCCUAACUAAAUGAUAUUGACUGUG